UACCAUUCAAGAGUGUGUUAAUAAAUUUGUUGGAUGCUAUGAGCAAAUUGACCGUAGGAGACAAAGCGGGGUGACAUUGCAAGAUAAGGUUAGUCAAUACCUCUGUAUUUUGCUUGUAAAUGUUUAUGUUCGGUAAAUUUAUAUGUGGCAAUAUGUUUAACAAAAUUUAUUCACUUGUACAGAUUGUGCAGGCAUGUGCUUUGUACAAAGAAAAAGACAAGCAACAUAGGUCCUUCCAAAUGUUGCAUUGUUGGAAUUUAUUGAAGCACAAUGAAAAGUGGAUUAGUAGGGCAGUUGAGAUGAAUGCAAAGAAACAAAAGACAACUGCCAAGUCAUCUCCUAGUACAUCUUCUCCUAGUACCAACUCAAAUAGUUGCGAAGGCCAUCAUGAUGCACUAGAUCUUGAGAAUGAGACUGUGACUAUGAGAAGACCAACUGGCAGGAAAGCGGAGAAAGAAAAAUUACGGCGAGGUGGUGAUAACUUGUACAAGGAAGCUCUAGAUAAUUUGUGGGCAAAGAAGGAAGAGGCAGAGGCCGUGAAAGAGAAGAAAAAAGAAGAGCGCUAUGAACGAGCAUAUGCGCUAGAACAAGAGAGGUUGGCAAUUGAGGGGAGAGCCUAUGAACUUGAUAAAGAGAAGGUUGCAAUUGAGGCAAAAAAACUUGAGGUAAAAAGCCAAGCGAUAGAACUGAAGAGAAUUAAGGAGGAAGAGAGAAUUAUGUUUAUAGAUCUUAGUGGCAUGAGUGAGGCACAAAAACAAUACUACAUGAGCCUGCAGAAUGAGAUCCUGACUCGACGAGCCCGUACCUCUAGUUGAGUAGUUGUUGUAAUGUAAUAUUUUGCAAAC